CAAUAUACAAUUAUAUAUAAUAUUUAUUUUAUUAAUGUUAUUAAAAUAUCUACAAUAUGACAUACCAGUCGUUAAAAUUCUUUAUAAAAUUACCCUCACAAUUCUCUUUAUGUAAGAAACUCAAUAUUAAAUAUAAAAAUUCUAGGCAAUUUAGUUUAUCUAAACAAACAUAUGAAAAAUUUAGAAUAGAAAAAGAUGCAUUCGGAGAGUUACAGGUUCCCAUAAAUUGCUAUUGGGGAGCACAAACACAAAGAUCUUUACAAAAUUUUAAUAUUGGAGGACCAACAGAAAAACUCCCAUUACCUCUUAUUAAAGCUUUUGGUAUUUUAAAAAAAGCCGCAGCAAUAGUAAAUAUAGAUUAUGGUCUUGACGAAAAAAUCGGAAAAGCUAUUCAACAAGCAGCAGAUGAGGUUAUUUCAGGAAAAUUGUUAGACCAUUUCCCUCUUGUAAUCUGGCAAACCGGAUCAGGCACUCAGUCAAAUAUGAAUGCUAAUGAGGUAAUUUCAAAUCGUGCUAUAGAAAUCCUUGGUGGAAAGUUAGGUUCAAAAGAUCCGGUUCAUCCAAAUGAUCAUGUGAACAUGUCUCAAUCAUCAAAUGACACAUUUCCUACAGUAAUGCAUAUUGCCGCUGUAACAGAAAUUACACAGAACUUAAUACCAUCUCUUCAGUAUUUACAUGACGCUCUUCUUGAAAAAGAAAAAUCAUUUGUUGGAAUCAUUAAAAUAGGGCGUACUCAUUUACAAGAUGCUACACCUCUUACUCUGGCACAGGAGUUCAGUGGUUAUGUAACUCAGGUUAAAUAUGGGAUUGAAAGGAUAAAUAACACUUUAAUUGGACUACGGAAACUUGCACAAGGCGGAACAGCUGUUGGAACGGGUCUUAAUACAAAAAUAGGUUUCGAUAUUAAAAUAGCUGAACAAAUAUCGAAACUUGUAGGGGAAAAAUUUGAAACUGCAGAAAAUAAGUUUGAAGCCCUUGCUGCUCAUGAUGCUAUAGUAGAAACAAGCGGUUCCCUUAAUACAGUAGCUUGUAGUUUAAUGAAAAUUGCCAAUGAUAUACGUUAUCUUUCCAGUGGUCCUCGAUGCGGAUUAGGAGAAUUAUCAUUACCUGAAAAUGAGCCAGGAAGCUCAAUUAUGCCUGGAAAAGUUAACCCAACACAAAAUGAAGCUUUAACAAUGGUAUGUGCCCAAGUUAUGGGAAAUCACACUGCAAUUUCUAUUGGUGGUGCUAGUGGCCAAUUCGAACUUAAUGUAUUUAAACCAAUGCUUAUCGCAAAUCUCUUACAAAGUACUCGUCUUCUUUCGGAUGCAUCCCGCUCUUUUGCAAAAAAUUGUGUUAUUGGUAUUAAAGCUAACGAAUCUCGUAUCAGUGAACUUAUGAACAAAUCAUUAAUGCUGGUUACAGCACUUAAUCCUCAUAUAGGAUAUGAUAAGGCCGCUCUCAUAGCAAAAACUGCACACAAAGAGGGAAAAACUCUUAAAGAAACUGCCCUUAAACUCGGGCUUUUAACAGAGCAACAAUUUGAAAAAUGGGUAGAUCCUCACAAAAUGAUAGGACCAUCAUAAACUAUUAGUAUAUAAUUUAGACA